CCUAUCGAGUUCUAGUUCUAGAUACUAACCGAUCGUACGAAUCUCAACGGAGGUAACUUUUGCGCCAUGGUCGCAAUCGCGCGGUAUCGGACGGUAAUCGGACGGUAUGGAUUGUUUAAAAGAUAAAAAGUCAAGCUCCGGAUUGAUAGCCGAAUCUUGACGACUACCGGACCGCGGCUGACCGAGGCACACCGAAGUUUAAGUGGGCUGAUGGGUCAGUCUAGAUGAAUAAAGUGGAGAUGGAGCUACUCCGAUACGCGCGCGAUACGCUGAUAAGAUUAGGUACUUCACCUUUUAUAUCGCAUAUUUUCUUUUAGCCGCUCGACCUUCAUAAAGCAAUACCGUUGAGGUCUUUGUCACGGCAUUUCGAUAGCGCAAUUAUGGCUGCGAUUGUCGAACUGUCCCAACCCACGAUUAUACUCUCAGGAAACCCCGUUCCCUAUACCCGAUUGCAUAUCACUCCGUUAGACGAAUCGCUGCUCAGCGUUGUCGUCCCCUCUUCUGUCCUGCCUCGAGCGCGUAACAUCUCGUAUCACACUCUCGAAACAUUCCCGGAGAAGCGAUACGGCUUCGUAGACCUACCCACGGCCGAGGCGGACAAGCUAAAGCGAAAACUUAACGGAGCCGUCCUAAAAGGAACAAAGAUGCGCAUCGAAAGGGCUAGACCCGAAUCUAUCCCUGAGCCGACAGGCGCGGCGGGCGAGAACGAAGUGAAGAAUGACGGGAAUGAUAGGAAGAAACUUAAGAAGAGGAAGCGCGAGAUUGAUGUUACACCGGGAGUUGAGCUUGAGGAUCGAAAAAUUAAGCGCGGAUGGACCACCACGGAGCGAGAGAUGAUUGACGAGAAACGAAAGAAGGGCAAGGAAAAAAACCACAAGGACAAGGACGGGAAGAAAAAGAAGAAGAGGGAAACCAAGUCGAAAUACACGGACGGACCGGAAUGUUUAUUCAAGACGAAACUUCCGGGCGAUGGGUCGUCGAAGGGAAACCAGGAUCUCGACCAGACCAAAAAGAAGCGGAAAAGCGGCCGUGAGGUGGUCAUGCACGAGUUCGAAAAAACGAUCAAGCACCCCUCGUUUCUCAAGAGUAAUGUGGAGAAGUCGAGUUCGGUAGCCGUCACAUUUGAAGACGGCGUUGGUUGGGUGGACGAGCACGGGACUGUUGUUGAACCCGCCGUAAGCAAGAGACCAAUCGCCAACGCCUCAAGCUCUGCGGCGCAAUCCAAGCCGUCCGAACCCCCAAACCCUGCUGAAGAUGAUGACACAACAAGCAGCAGCGGCUCUUCGUCUGAUGAUUCUGAGGAUGAUGAAGAUCGGGGUCAGGUCGUAGACAGUUCGGAUGAUGACGACAAGGACGACAGCGAAAACGAAGACAACAGCGUGCAAGCCACUCCUGAUAAGCAACCUGCAGAGAUCAAGUUGGAUACCCAAACUUCGACUAGCCCCGUAUCAAUUUUGAAGACGGGAUCCGCGAGACACAAAUCGUCAGGGUCUACCUCGAGCCUUACAAUCAAGAUUCCCCCUGCGACGCCUGCUGCUACAGAAGUACACCCGUUGGAGGCAUUAUAUAAGCGUCCUCAAGGUGACGGUGCUGGGGACAAGUCCGGCGAUGCUCAGCCUUUUAGCUUCUUUGACGGAGAUGACAAUGAUAUCGAAGAGGAAGAUGCCGUGGGCCCUCCGAUUCAGCAGCCACCCAUGACCCCUUUUACGAAGCAAGAUUUCGACUAUAGAAAUGUGAGGAGCGCUGCGCCGACUCCCGACACGGCACAUCCCAGCCGAUCGUUUAAUCUAUGGCCUAGACAAGGUUCUGUGGAUGAUAUAGCCGAAGAUGAUGAGGACGAAGGCGAUGGCGAGCGGGGAGGAGCCGCUAUUAAAGCUACAUCUGAUGGGAUUAACGGUAAUACGGCCACGAGUGAUUUCCAGAGGCAGUUCUGGGAGAGCCGGGGAGAUUUAAAUCGGUCCUGGAGAAGAAGGCGAAAGACUGUGUCGAAGGAGAAACGUUACAGGGAAAAUCGUGUUCGUGCGGAGAGAGCUAUCUAGGGUGUAAAUUAAGACGAGUGAGUUUCUGAAUUCCUGGGUUUAUGAAACCUUGACCGCAUGGGAAUAUGCCGAUAUCUUGUGGUUUGCGUAUUACGUCGGCUAUCUCUAGAACUGGACAGCGUGUCAUGUCAAACUGAUGGGCUAUAUGCCUUAUAAUUACAUCUGCUCGCGUGCUAAGCAAAUAUCCAUAGUACAAGAAACUAGUAGUACGGGCCAAGUCACGGAGCAAAGCGAGAAAUAAUUAACAGAAUCUUGGCACUUGAGCCAGUUCUUGAAAUUAUUGAUACCGUGGAUUGUCCAGGUGGGUGGAAUGUCACACGAGCAUUUCAA